AUGAAUGCGACUUCUGUAGCCUAUGCCCUCUCAUUCUAUUUCAGUUCAAUUGCGAAUUCAAAUUUAUCAUCGAAUCCGAGCUACAUUUUAUCAGCUGGCGAAAUCGAUGCAUACCUUGAUAGCCUCGAUAAUAUAACUUUAAUUCUAAACACUGCUGCAUCAUUUAUCAUGGUUCAAGAGCCAAAUCAAUUUGGAAAUGCAAGUGCUGCAGGUGCUGCAUUCACACGUGGUAUUGGUGGUAGAUUGUUAAGUAUUUCCAAUCGUCUUGAUGCACUUAAUUCAAAUCUAACAGCUGCAGCUUUUCUCACUAAUGAAUCAUUAGUUAAUGUUAGAUCCCUUAAUAUGUUGAUCAUUAAUGAGCCUACUACAUAUGAAAAUAUAGAUACUUUGCGUAAUAUAUCUCUUGCAUCAUCAGUCAUUUCCGUAGCCACAAAAGGAAAUAGUUCUAUAUCAAAUCCAGUGAAUAUUUCACUAUAUUUUCAAGUUCUGCAUGAAUAUAGACCGUCUGUUACUUCAAGAUAUUUAUGCACAUAUUAUAAUAUAAAUGCUACAAAAUGGAAUGAAUCUGGUUGUACUACACCUCAAUAUAAUGCUUCAUUUAAUCGUUAUGAAUGUAGUUGUAAUCAUUUGUCUACUUUUGCUCUGGUUUGGUCACCGUAUAUGGUUCAGUGUGAUAGUUCUACUCAAGUACAAUUAUCCAAUGGUACUUGCAUAUCGAAAUCUGACGGUCAAAUAUCGUCAGUGAACACGUUGCGAAAUACCACAAAUUCAACUGUUAUUGCUAAUUCUCUUUCAUUAUAUAUAAGUUCAAUAACGAAUUCAAAUGCAUCAUUAAAUUCGACAUAUACACUUACUCCGAAUGAUAUUGAUACCUAUCUUAGCAAUAUCACAAACGUCAAUUUAACAUUAAAUACUGAUGAUUCAAUCCUUGUGGCACAAUCACCGUAUCAAGAAGGUAAUGUAAUUAUUUUAGGUGCUUCAUUUAAUCGUGGUAUUGGUGGUCAGGUGAUUAAUACUAAAAAUAUAGACAAUGCUACCAAUUCAAAUUUCUCAACAGCAGCAAUUAUUAGCGAUAAGUCGUUAAGUGGAGUUGUAUCUCUGAAUAUGCUUAUUAUUAAUAAACCAACUACAUAUGAAAAGUUAGAUAAUUUAACUAAUAAAACCCUUGCAUCAUCAGUUGCUGUUGUAGCCGUACGAAGAAAUGAUUCUUUAUUAACAUCAGGGAAUAUUUCUCUUUAUUUUCAAGUUUUACAGGAAUAUCAACCAACUGGUAGUGUCGAAUAUUUUUGUUCAUUUUAUGAUACAAAUAAUUCAACAUGGAAUGAAUCUGGUUGUACUGCACCUCAAUAUAAUAGUUUAUUUCAUCGUUAUGAAUGUACUUGUAAUCAUUUUACAUCUUUUGCUCUUAUUUGGUUACCCAGAGUACCACUUACUUCCUAUCUCGAUGCACAAGAUAUUGGUUCACUUGUUUGUCUAUCAAUAUCAAUUGUUUGCUUUUUAGCUAUUAUUAUUGAUGCUACUAUUAAACGAAUUUAUAAUCCAUUAAUGAGUUUUAGAGCAUAUGAUUUAUUUCCGUUAAUAUCUUCUGCAAGUACAACAAUUCUAUUUAUUUUUUAUAUAGCCUUAGGAAUGACAACUUAUACUAAAACAUCAUCUAUAAAUGAAAAUCGAUGUUUUUUAAGUUCAAGUGUAUUAAUGUUUUUCGUUUAUUUCUUUUUAAUAUUUAUGUUUUGCACUAAGACUAGUGUUGGAUACUUUAAUUAUCUUCGUUUUGUUCUUUUAUUUCCCGAACCAUCACUUCGAAAACUAUUUGUUAUGCUUAGUGCAUCAUUUUUUAUUUCCAUUGCAUGGGUGUCUUUUGCAGCUGGAUUUAAUUCAAAUUCAUCAUUUCAAAUUACUCAAUUAUAUCCAUAUAAACUUUGUUGGUUUACUCGUGAUGUUAUUUAUUAUUUUCUGACUAUACCUGUUUGUCUGUUUCUUUUAAUCAAUAUAAUUACAUUUAUUCUUGUAGCUUCCCGUAUACUGAAUCAUGCUCGAAAUGCCACAGCAGCACAUCAUAAUUCAUAUAAACGAAUGAAACAAUGUGUAGUUAUUAUACUUUCAUCAUGUGCAACUCAAGGUAUUGGUUGGCUUUUUGGUCCAUUUUUGACAAUAGCUACUCCAGAAGCAGCACAAGUUUUAGGAUGGAUUUUUAUUAUUUUUAAUGGAUUAGAAGGUUUAUGGUCUAUAAUUUUGUAUCUAAUAAUUCGAUCCAAACAUAUGGAUGAACGAAAACAUUCGAUAGCUGUAAAAGAUUUGAACAAAGCAAGAAGAGCAUCAAAAGUUAAAUCUGAAACAUCAUCUGUUAAAGAUGAUAGACAUGAAAAUGAUAGUCAAAGAAGAGAAACUGAAAUUAAACGUCGAAAUACACCAAAAGAAGAAUUACAUUUAUUCAAGGAUUCUGAUGAUUUAAAAGAUGUUAAUUGGCCUAUUGAUGAUGAUGAUGUUAUUAGAGUAUAG